AUGCCUUCCUGUACAAUCCCUAGUGCCGAUGUCUCUAAGUAUAAGGUUUUUGUCGACGACUACCGGACAGAGUUGCUUAGAGGGCUACAGUUGAUAAGGGAUGAGGUACGAGCCAAUAGCGAAAAAUACAGGGCUAAAAUGAAGGAGGUGUAUGAUCGACGAAAGGACGUGGACGUCCUCUCCCUUCCAUCGGUGGGAGGAAGAGUAUUCAUGAGAUUGCCGCGCGAGAAGGUAGCAAUUGAGGAUGCCAUAAAAGUGCAGUAUGACUUGCUCCUCAAGUGCCCAGAGGAAAUCCCGAACGAAAGAGUGAACACCAAGACUAGGCGAAAGAGAGUGAAGAGAGUCUUGAAAAUUUCCGUGUUCAAACCUCAAAUUGAGUAUUUCAGGCCGGAGCUGGAGUUUGACGUUCCCGGACGACAGCCACGCCCUGCACGUUCAAUUCAGAUGCCGUGGCCAGGACUUUCCGUCAAUCAAAGGAGGGCCGAGUUUCGCGUUGUCAGAUUGUUGUGUGUCGAAGACGAUGACGGCUGGAGAUCUGAUUUCAGCGUUGCCACAUCCCGCGAAGGCUCUGCCGGUAGAAUGCGUUUUGGAGGCUGCAAGAGUCCUGGGUCGGCUGCGCUGAAAGCUCAGCGCAUCAUGGACUUGGACGAUAAGGCAGUUGACCCUCGAUCGCUUGGCUUCGCGUACGCCGUGUUCAGAAGUAAAUGUGCCCACGUGAGCCUCAUGGCAAGAGCGAUCGAGCCGGCAACGAUAAUGAGGCAUGGAUCCUUGUCGCGAGGAUGGCCAGAGCUGCCGAAAAGGUUUUUCGAGUUGGGCUGGUUGACUGCUCGUAAGGUGGAUCCGAAGGAGUUCGACUUGAGUUCAAUGAUGGCUAGAGUUCACGAUCGUAUCCUUCUUGUCGUACCCGUGGUUCUCCGGCGAAUGGCGUGGAUGAGCGCAGAGGAAGAAGGGGCCCGGAGAGCCGGCUCCUUCGAAGGAGGUAGCCUCUGGUUCGGGGAACCGGAAACAUAG